AGAGGUCGGCCUGACAAUGGCCAAGAACAAAUGGAAAGGGCAGGAGCCCAGGAAUGUGUUUCACAUAGCCAGCCAAAAAAAACUUAAAGGGUAAAAGUAAAGCAAAACCACGAAUCUUAAGGAGAUAAACAUUAUGAACGCUGAAAAAGCUAAAAGAAUGACGGAAGCUUUUGUGGACAUAGAGAAGGAGCUAGCUCACUUCUCUCAAGGACUUUCCCUCGAACCUCUGCAGAAACAGCUGGCUCUUCAGCCGAGUCAGGAAAACAGACCAGUGAAUGUUGACAAAGCUCUAAGAUUAAUAGCUCCGUUGUAAUGCACCUGGUGAUGCAUCAGAUUCGCCCCAAAGACCAAUAAAUUAAAUGUUUUAUACAACGGCCUAGCCUGGUCUAUGUGGCUCAGUGGUUGAACA